GGCCGAGCCGAGCCGAGCAGGGCCAGGGCCGGGCCCGGCAGGCGGUGCUGAUCAGCCGCAGGACAGGAGCCCGCAGCCGCCAUUAGACAAUAGGAGCGGCCGGGAGCGGGAGCGGCAGCGGGAGCAGGGCCGGGGCCGGGGCCGAGCGCGGGGCCGCGGCUGCGCCGGGGGAAGCGGCCGGGUGCGCCGCUGCGGAGCGGAGCGGGGCGGGACAAAGGCGCGGCGGAGCCGGCUGCAGCUGCCUGGUCCCGGCCCACGGAGCCGCGCGGGGACCCGGAUCGCGGCCGCAGCCUGACAUGAUGUUUCCACAAAGCCGCCACUCGGGCUCUUCUCACCUGCCACAGCAGCUGAAGUUCACGACGUCCGACUCCUGCGACCGGAUCAAGGAUGAGUUCCAGCUCCUGCAGGCGCAGUAUCACAGCUUGAAGCUGGAAUGCGAUAAGCUGGCCAGCGAGAAAUCGGAGAUGCAGCGUCACUACGUCAUGUACUACGAGAUGUCCUACGGGCUCAACAUCGAGAUGCACAAACAGGCUGAAAUCGUCAAGCGGUUAAAUGGAAUUUGUGCUCAAGUCCUGCCCUACCUUUCCCAAGAGCACCAGCAGCAGGUCCUGGGAGCCAUUGAGCGGGCCAAGCAGGUGACGGCGCCGGAGCUCAACUCCAUCAUCCGCCAGCUCCAAGCUCACCAGCUGUCGCAGCUCCAGGCCCUGGCACUGCCCCUGACUCCGCUGCCCGUGGGGCUGCAGCCCCCGUCCCUGCCAGCUGUCAGCGCUGGCACCGGGCUCCUCUCACUCUCGGCCCUGGGCUCUCAGGCUCACCUCUCCAAGGAGGACAAGAAUGGCCACGAUGGGGACGCCCACCAGGACGACGACGGGGACAAGUCGGAUUAGAGGGAGGGGGGCGGGGGCAGGCGGGGGCAUUCAGUCAAAGAUGCAGUAUCCCCCUGGGCAGCGGGCAGCAGAACUGCCAUAGUCUCGCAGGGUGGCAGCUCCCCGGGCAUCAUGCCCCCCCCCUUCCCCUCCCGCCCCAUGCCCAUGGUCUGCGGGGGAUGGCCAGCGAAGGCCUCUCGCGACCCCAGCUUGGCAACUCAGCAGCAAUAAGAGCGCCAGAGCUACGAGCACGUGGGCUUCUAAAUCCCAGCAGCCUCCCCCUUGCCCCCCUCUCCCCCUGUUCCAGUGCUGGUGCAGGGGCUGCCAUCCCACCACUGCCACCACUGCCCACCAGGCCAAGGGUCCUGGCUGCCCCCCAGCCCCGCCACACUCCCUCGGGUACCGUGUGUGAUCGCGGCGGUACCACCGCCCCUCUGGGCUGUGCCGAGACAGCCUGCUCUGGCCUUGGCCCUGCCUGUCUGAGUUCUUCUCCACUUUGCGCCCCCCGCCCCGAUUGCAUCCCGCCAGCCCCAGACUCCCCCCCGCCCAUGCCCCCUGCCCCACCUGCACUACUGCCAGUUCUGCACCUUGCUGUCCUGCAUGUAUCUUUGUUUCCACCGGCCCUGGCAGCGUAGUCUCGAGCCCGGCGCCCUCUGUGCCAGGCGCGCCCAUGCUUUGUGCCGCUCAGCAUAGAGCUGGAGACGGGGGUCCCUGCCGGCUGGGACCUGUAUAGUACCUGGCUUUUUAAGGGGGGAAGGAGAGGGAGAAACAAGCAGAGAUUAGGCCUCUCCUGUUCCCCGCCCCCCCCUACCCCCGCCCCUUCUCCAAAGGAUACUGCAGCUUUCUCUGGUUUUUCUGUCCGUGCGCUAGGGUCUGUCUUUUACGAAACUAAAAUGGAAUUAAAAAAAAAAGAAAUAAUAAUAAUAAUAAUACUAAGAGAGCGCGACCUGGUGUUUGUACAUAGUCCUUUAGCGAGAUCUUGUUUUGCUCUUUGUCACCGGACCCCGCGCCCCGUCCGCGGGGGAGCUGGAGACGCCGUGUUGAGGAUGUACUAGCUGUGCCUUUCAAAUAAAGAAAUACGAAGGUUGGUAAA